AUGGUAUGCCACGCUGUCAAGAAGCAGCAAAAUUACACUAGUGUACAUGAGGCAGUGAAAGCCGGUGAUGUAGAACAACUUGCGUCAAUGAUAAAAAGCGGAGCUGGUAUUAACGAGGUGGAUUUAGUCCACAAGUUCACACCUUUGCACUGUGCUGCACACUCUGGAAGUCUGGAGUGUCUUCACUGGUUGCUCUGGCACGGAGCUGACAUAACCCAGGUAACUGUCAGAGGCUGGACUGCAGCACACCUUGCGGCUAUCCGAGGACAGGAUGCUUGCAUGCAGGCUUUGUUAAUAAAUGGAGCAAACCUAGAAGCUCGAGACGACCGCGGGUGCACUCCGUCACACUUAGCUGCAGCCCAUGGGCAGUCGUACACUUUACAAACCAUGCUGCAAAGUGGAGCGAAUGCAAAUGUUUCAGACAGGAACGACUGGAAGCCUGUUCAUUAUGCUGCUUUUCAUGGUCGCUUGGGGUGUUUGCAGCUUCUUGUUAGAUGGGGAGCAUGUAUAGAUGAUGUGGAUAACAAUGGAAACCUUCCAGCACAUCUGGCAGCAAUGGAAGGACACCUGCAUUGCUUUAAGUUCUUGGUCAGUAAAAUGGCCAGUGUCGUGCACACGCUGAAAGCCAGGAAUGACCAUGGAGAGACUCCAAGGGACUUGGCUGAGCGCUUCUAUAAGGAUAAUAUUCUGCAAUAUAUUAACGGUGUGGAAAAAGAGGGGGAGCAUUCAGAGACACAGGAAGUUUUAGCUUUCCCAGCCCAUAGCGCUGCUUUCAAAGGGGACUUGCUGGUACUUAGAAGAUUAGUGAAAAGUGGAGUAAUCAAUAUUAAUGAGCGGGAUGAUAAGGGAUCCACUCUCAUGCACAAAGCUGCCGCACAGGGGCACGUCCAUUGCUUACAGUGGUUGCUUGAAAUGGGAGCUGACUGUGACAUUACAGAUGAUGCUGGAGAGACUCCAAAGGAUGUAGCCAAGAGAUUUGCUCAACUGGCAGCUGUGGAACUUUUGGCACAAAGAACUGGAGACAGUAACUCCAGUGAUGAAGAACUAGAUGCAAACAAUGCACAAUUUUUUGAAAGACAUGGUGUGGAAGGGAGUACGGAUAGCAAAGAAGAUUUAAUCCUGGAUAAAGCAGAGAAAAGGAACGCACGCAUAAGGGCCUAUCGCAAGAUUCAAGAACUUCAGCAUCUUCUAGAAAUUGCCUACAGCAACUACAGACAACUGGGAGGAAUAACGGAGGAGGAGAAGAAGAUGAAAAAAGAACAAAGGGAGGUUGAGAAGGCUGUGCAGGAGCUGGAGGCUCAGCUGGAAUACGAGCGAGUCAGGCGGGAGAAGCUGGAGAGCCAGCUGGAUGACUACCGUGCUGAGAUAGGCCACCUGAGAGAGAGCCUGGAGAAAACCCACACCCUGCCUGCUCUCCCCCUGGAAGCUGGAACUAUCUCCAGUUCUGGCAAAGAGAAAAAGAAAGUAAAGAAGAAACCAGCCUGCAACUCUGGCGGAGUGUUUGUGAGACUGCGCUGAGGACUGAACCUCAGACGAGGGGCUGGCAGACUUGAGGAGGUAGAGUGGCAAUAUUCUACACAGUGUAAAGUGUUUGCAUAGCCCAGUUCCACAGAUGAGCUGUGGUUCACUGAAUUUCAUUGAACUAUUCUCCUAGUUCUCUGGCCUAGAAUAUACUUUUAAAUCACUGCAACAGCAUAAAAACAAAAACAACAGAAAACCCCACUGUUGGACUUCUCUUCCUGUCCAGGUAGUAGUUAACAGCUUUACAAGCCGUAGCAUUUGAGAGACAACUGCAGCAACGUCAUGGGACCUAGGGUUUGAGGAAAGUAUCCUCAUCUACUAGUCUUUGUACUACUACCUUAAAGAAAUAAAAGAAAAUAAAGCACCUUACCUCAGACAGAACCAGCAACAUGGACCUGAAGCAGUGUCUGGAACAAGUACUUGCUGAACUGCACAAACAGGUGCCAGACCCCUCACUUUCCACCUUCAAGCCAUUCCUAAAUAAGCCCUGAAGCUACUCCUUCCUGAGGUGCCAGAUGAACUGCAGCCGUGGGCCCCUGAGUCUAAACCAAGGCUGAGGAUGUCACUAGGUUACAGGGCAUGUUGUGGUUAGAAACAGCAAUCCUGACAUCCCUGCCUAAAAAACCAUUUCAUGGCUUUACAUAUAACAAA